UUGCCCAUUAGGAAACAUGAUGAAGGACUGCCUAAGACUAGCUUCUUUUAUCUUCCCCACUAAAGGGAUUCUUCUUUUCUAGUUCCUUUUAGUCCUACAGUGUUGAGAUAACCUGCUUUGGAAUGAAGGGUCCUUUAGGUGGAGUAUGAGGAAGGGAAUAUGGAAUAAAAGGGGUGAUGUCCUUGAUGCAAAACUUAUUUUCCUUUCUGGGCUUAGGGAAAACAAAUCUGGUUCUGGGGACCAGACAAUAGUGAUUAAAUACUUAAUCCACAAGUACUCUACAAGCUGGUGAAACUUGUUUCCUUGCUGUUCCCUGGACAAGAUACUCCCAAAUCCUCCAUGCAUUUUCCCUGGUUAUUCCCCAUAAGCUGAAAUUCUUUCAUCUAUGUAUGCUUCCUUUCUGUCUCAGUUAAAAGUCCCAUUUUCUGCAAGUAACCUUUCAUAGACCCUCUUUAGUGCCACCUCUUUCAGGUCAACUCCAAUUUGUCCUGUAGUUUGUACAGUUGUUUGCAUACUAUCUCAUUAGAAAAUGAGCUUCUUCAGUUCGUUGCCUACAUUUAUAGGCACUUGGCUAAGUGCUGAGUAUACAAAGGCAAAACACAUGGUCCCUACCCUCAGUGAUCUCACUUUCUAAUGGAGGAGGUAACCUCCAAAUAACUACAUGACAUGUACACUGUAUAAUAGGAAGCAGGCUCAGAAGGCAAUAAGAAAAGCUUGCAGAAAAUGGGAUUUAAAGCUAUUUUAUUAAUGUAAUUUUAACUUUUUCUAUAGAAACAAUUGUUUAAAUUUUUUUCACCGAUUACAUGUAAUAAAUUUCCACAUAAAAUUUCCAGAGUUAUAUGAUCCAAAUUGUCCUCCUUUCCUCCUUUGCUCCCUCCUUCCUGGACUGGCAAGGAAUUCAGUCUAGGUUUUACACAUUAUGCAAAAUAUUUUCCUAUUGUUCAUUUUUUUAAAAAGAGAAUAAUCGCAUAAAAACCAAAACCUCAAAACAUAUACCCAAGUAAGUGAAAAAUCUUAAUGCUUUCAUUCGCAUUCUUACUCCAACAGUUCUUUCUCUGGAGGUGGAUUGCAUCUUUGUCAUAAGUCCCUCGGAAUUGUCCUGUAUCAUUGUAUUGCUGAAAGUAACGAAGUCUAUCAUAGUUGAUCAUUCCACAUAUUUCAGUUAACUAGAUUGUUCUGGUUCUGCUUAUUUCACUGCAUCAUUUCCUUGUAGGUCUUGUCAGUUUUUUUCCGAAUCACUCAUCUUGCUCAUUUCUUAUAGCACAAUAGUAUUACAUCACUACCUUAUUCUGCAGUUUGUUCAGCUAUUCCCUAAUUGAUGGAUGUACCGUUAGUUUCCAAUUCUUUGUCACCACUAAAAGAGGAGAUAUUUUUCAAACAUGUCCUUUUUCAUUUUUUUAUCUCCUUGGGAUACAGACCUAAUAGUGGUAUUACUAGAUCAAAGGUAUUACUAAAUUAAAGCAUUGUUUCAUAGCUUUUUGGGCAUAAUUCCAAAUUGCCCUCUAGAAUGAUUGGAUCAGUUUGCAACUUUACCAGCAAUGCAUUAGUGUCCUAAUUUUGCCACAUCCCCUCCAUUUAUCAUUUUCCUUUACUGACAUAUGAGGUGGAACCGCAUGUUAUUUUAAUUGGCAUUUUUCUAAUCAAGAGAUUUAGAACAUUUUUUAUGAUUAUUGAUAGCUUUUAUUUCUUCAUCUGAAAAUUGCCCAUUCAUAUCCUUUGAUCAUUUGUCAACUGGUGAAUGAUUUGUAUUAUAAAUUUGAUUUAUUUAUGUUUGAGAAAUGAGACCUUUAAAAGAUUAAUUCAUUGUAAAUUUUUUUCCUAGUUUCCCUUCAAUUUUUGGUUGCAUUCAUUUUGUUUGCACAAAAACUUUAACAUCAAAAUCAUUCACUUUAUAUUUUAUAAUGUUCUCUAUCUUGUUUGGUUAUAAAUUCUUCUCUUCCCUAUAGAUCUGACAGGUAAAUUAUUCUAUCUUCUUCUGUUAUAAUAAUACAAAUAUCACCUUUUAUGUCUAAACUGUAUGCCCAUUUUGACCUUAUCUUGAUAUAGGGUGUGAGACAUACCAUUUUCCAAUUUUCCCAGCAGUUUUGGCCAAAUAUUGAGUUCCUACCCCCCAAGCUGGGAUCUUUGGGUUUUAUCAACACUAGAUUGCUGAGGUCAUUUACCCCAUAUUUAUUCAUUCCAUUGAUCCACUCUUCUAUUUCUUAGCCAGUACCAGAUUGAUUUGAUUACUGUUUUACAGUAGUUUAAGAUCUGUUACCACCAGGCCAUCUUCCUUUGCAUUUGUUUUCAUUAGUUCCCUUGAUAUUCUUGAUCUUUUCUUCCAGAUGAAUUGUUUUCUAGUUCUAUAAAGUGUUUUAGUAGUUUGGUUGGUAUGGCACUGAAUAAGUAAAUUUAGGAUUGUCAUUUUUUAUUAUAUUAGCUUGAGCCCACCCCUGAGCAAUUAAUGUUUUUCCAAUUGGAAGGAUACUUCCAAAAGGAAGUAUCUGAACUGAAAUUAGACCUAACUGUGUGAACUGUUCUGUAAUUGUGUUCAUAUGAUUCAUAUGAUUUGUCUUGGUAAAUAGAUUCCCAAGUAUUUUAUACUGUCUAGGGUGAUUUUAAAUGGAAUUUCUCUUUCUAAUUCUUGGUGCUGGACUUUUUUGGAAAUAUAUGGAAAUGCUGAUGAUUUAUGCAGUUUUAUUUUGUAUCCUGCAACUUUGCUCAAGUUAUUUCAACUAGUUUUUCAGUUGAUUCUCUAAGCAUAUCAUAUACAAAAGUGAUAGGUUAGUCAUAGAAACAAUUUUUGACAAUUGUUUUCUGAUAUUGUUAUUCAGAUCUUCCCUCUCUCCCAGAGGUGGGAAAGAGUCUGAUAUAGGUUGUACCAGUUGAGCCAAGUGUUUAAAGGAAGUCAAAAUGAUGCAAAGGUGAGCUAGGAACAGUAUUUACUAGAAAAUUAUGUUGUGAGGUUUGGAAGAGGACAGUAAGAAAGAGAAAAGGUUCUAUAGGCUAUAUAAUGCCCAUAGGCAUUUGUUUUUCCAUGAAGACCAAUGACAUCAGACUUGCACAUGAGUUAGAUUUAAGUGAGGCAGAGUUGCACAAAAUCACCGGUCUCAUUUUCUCUUCCAGAGUCGCUGAAGUCCAGUGGCAAGACAAAAGUCAGAAUGAAUGGUGAUGGCCUAGAAUGCAGUAGAUUGCCUUGGAGUCUUUCAUGUCUGACCAAGCUCCAAGUGUUCCUACUUCUCAUCCAUUCAUUCUGUUGGGGGAAGUCUUCACAUGCUUGGGGUAGAUAGCCCCCUAACUCAUCCACAGGUUUAAGGCCUAUCAGUUAUUUAGUCCAUCUGAUAAUACCUAUAGGUUGGUGGAGGGAGUGGGAUUGCUGAUAGUUUUACUGAGGUGUGGCAAGAAAAUGUGUGAAAGAUGGAGAUCAAGGUGGUUGAGCAGCCCUGAAAAGGAUUCAGCAAGCCCUCACAGAGGUGCUAGUCCUAGUCUUGUUGGACACUUUGGGACCCCAUGGACCACAGUUAUUCAUGGGGUCUUCUUGGCAAGGAUAUUGGAGUGGGUUGCCAUUUCCUUCUCUAGUAGGUCCUUUUGUCAGGCAAUCAGAGGUUAAGUGAUUUGCCUAGGAUCACGCAUCUAGGAAGUAUCUGAACUUGGAUCUUCCUGGUUCCAGGCCCAGCACUCAAUUCACCUAGCCAUUCAGCUGUCUCUACCUCAUACAGUCCACAGAUUUAAUCUCUAUGCUGAUGAUUAUCAAAUCUACUUAUCCAACCCAUACCUCUCAGGUGACGUCCAAUUUUGCUUCUCCAGCUGCCUGGAACAUUUUGAACUGGAUAUCUUGUAGGCAUAUCAAACUCAACAUGUCCAAAAUUGAACUUAUUCUUUUCCCCUAAACCCUUUCCCCCUUCCAAAUGUCCCUGAUACCCUCAGAGAUAUCACCAAUCAGGCAGGUUCACAGUCUAGGUAUCCUCAAUUACUCUCACCUCUCCCACAUUGCCAAGACCUGUCCAAUUUUGCCAUUGAAACAUCCCUUUAUUGCUCUCUGAGGCCAGGCAGGCCCCCAUCACCUCACUGCGGGAUUACUACCAUAGUGCCCCCAUAGUUGUCAGAUUUAUUUCCUAAAAGCUGACCGUGUCACCCUCUACUCAAUAAACUCCAGUGGCUUCUUAUCACUAGGAUCAAACAGAAAAUCCUCUGGUAUUCAAAACCCUUCAUAAGCUUCUCCACAUCUUUUCAGGCUUCUUGCAGUCUGCACCCUACCCCAAGUACUCUUCCUUCCGAGGACACUGGCCUUGAUGCUGCUUGCACAAGACUUAUCCCCUGGUCGUCCCCUCAUGACCCCUCACUUGCUUCAAGUUCCAGUUAAAAUGCCACCUUGGCCGAGCAGCUUUCAGAGCCCUCGGGCCAGGGCCUCCCUCUCCAAGCUGUCUCUCACGGCCUGUCUGGAAGUGGUUCCUCCGGCUCUGUUGGUGAAUUGUCUCCCCGGGGAAACCACGAUCUCCUAGCUGGCCUUGAUGUUUCUUUGUCAGCAGCGCUCGGUACAGUGUCUGGCACAUAGUGGGCGCUUAAUCCAUUCCCGCGGACUGACUGAAUGGUAUGGGGUAGGGAGGUUCGGGUUUUCAUUUCUGGAAUAUUCGGGGAAUAGGCUCAAGAGCCGUGUCUGCUAAACUUCAAGCCAGCCACAGGCUCACUUAAGAAAGCCGCAUCCGGAAGCAGCCAGCGGAAGGGGUGUGGCGAAGCCUUGUGGCUCCGGAGCCGAGUGUCAGGGCGUCUUGCGUCAGCGCGUUGAUACAAAACUGCUUCCGGCUUGAGUGGCGUGCGAUCCGCGGGUUCGGUAGUGCACGUGGACUCGGAUUUGGUUGCGUCAUGGGGCGCAAGUUGGACCCCACCAAGAAGGAGAAGCGUGGGCCUGGCAGAAAGACCCGGAAACAGAAGGGCGCUGAGACCGAGCUAGCCAAAUUCCUGCCCUCAGCUGGUGAUGAAAAUGGGAAGAGGCUCUCUAGCCGUGCCAGGAAGAGGGCAGCCAAGAGACGAUCAGAUUCUGUAGGGGCUCCUGAAAAGAAGAAACUGUCUCCUAGUCCAAAGCCUUUGACAAAAGGUGCUAUCCAGUCCUCUCAAAAGAAAGGACCCCAGGCUCCAGGGCUCAAAAUUGGAAAUGAAGCAUUAUUUGGACCUGCUAGGGGUAAGAAGCGCCCAGCUCCCCCUCACAGCAGUGAUGAAGAGGAAGAUUCUGAAGGCAAUGAUGCAAGGAGUGAAGGGGAUGACUGGGCUUCUAUGGAGAGUGAAGAUGAUAUGGUAGAUGAUUAUGGGGUGGCCUCAGAAGAAGAAACUGAUGAAGAUGAUGAGCUACUGCCCAUUGAGAAGGCUGCUCAGAAGCAGAGGGCCCAGGAAGCUGAAACUCUGGAUCAGUGGAGUUCAGAAGACACUGAUGAGGAGGAAGAGGAACUGUCUUCCCAGCCAACAUCCAAAAAUGAUGAAGCAAAUGGAGAUCUUCAGAUCAAUGUGGAAAAGGAUGAAAAAUUUGUAUUGCCCACUGGCAAGGAGAUAGAACAAGAGAAUGCUCAGGCUCCAGACCUGCAGUCUGUACACCAGCGAAUCCAGGACAUUGUUGGGGUGCUACGGGAUUUUGGUUCUCAGAGAGAAGAAGGUCGGUCCCGGACUGAAUACCUGAGCAGGCUUCGGAAAGACUUGGCUACGUACUACUCCUAUGGAGACUUCCUGAUUGGCAAGAUAAUGGACAUUUUCCCUCUUUCCGAGCUAGUGGAAUUCCUAGAGGCUAAUGAGGUUCCUCGACCCAUCACCCUCCGGACCAACACCCUGAAAACCCGUCGCCGGGAUCUGGCUCAGGCCUUGAUCAACCGUGGGGUGAAUUUGGAUCCCUUGGGUAAAUGGUCAAAGACUGGACUGGUGGUGUAUGAUUCUUCUGUGCCCAUUGGGGCUACCCCUGAAUACCUGGCAGGACACUACAUCCUUCAGGGUGCUUCGAGCAUGCUGCCUGUCAUUGCCUUGGCACCACAGGAACAUGAGCGUAUUUUGGAUAUGUGUUGUGCCCCUGGUGGCAAGACUAGCUACAUAGCCCAACUAAUGAAGAACACAGGAGUGAUCCUUGCCAAUGAUGCUAAUGCUGAACGCCUCAAGAGUGUUGUGGGCAAUCUUCACCGAUUGGGGGUCACUAACACCAUCAUUAGCCAUGAUGAUGGACGUCAUUUCCCUAAGGUGGUAGGAGGGUUUGACCGAGUAUUGCUUGAUGCCCCAUGUAGUGGCACUGGUGUCAUCUCUAAGGACCCAUCUGUGAAAACUAACAAGGAUGAUAAAGACAUCAAGAGAUGUGCCCACAUCCAGAAGGAAUUGCUCCUGAGUGCUAUUGAUUCUGUUAAUGCUGCUUCCAAGACUGGAGGCUAUAUUGUCUACUGCACUUGUUCUAUUACGGUAGAAGAAAAUGAAUGGGUGGUAGAAUAUGCCCUGAAGAAGAGGAAUGUGCGGCUGGUGCCCACAGGGCUAGACUUUGGUCAAGAGGGCUUUACUCAUUUCCGAGAGCGGCGCUUCCAUCCCACACUUCGCUCUACCCGACGUUUCUACCCUCAUACGCACAACAUGGAUGGGUUCUUCAUUGCCAAGUUCAAGAAAUUUUCCAAUGCUAUACCUCAGUCUAAGAAAAGUGAUGCAGCAGCCAACCCUGAAGACUCCAUGGACUCCAGAUUGGGCGAUGGACCUUCUGUAGCUAAUGUGCAAGUGGUCCCCAGGCCUAAAGUCAGCCCUAAAUCUGCCAAGAAGCCCAAGCAAGCUGGAAAGGCAAAGUUUGCUAAACUAGACACUGGAAAGGCAAAGUUUGUGAGACUAGGCACUGGGAAGACAAAGGCAAAGCUAGGAGCAGCUGGAAAGGAAAAGGCGAGGCAGCAGCAACAGAGGCCGCCCCCUAAGAAGGCUGGUUUCCAGAAUGGGAAGCCUGUCCACAAAGGCCCUCGGUCUCCUACAGCACGGACUUCUAGUUCCAGCCAGCCCCCACCUAGGAAGAAGCAGAAAUCUCGGUCCUAAUGCAGUAGCCAUUGUGGAAUCUCAUACCAGCCUGGUGUGAGUCUUGGACUGUUUCUGGUUGUGAGCUUCCUUCAGGGGCCUGGACAGAAGCAGCCUUCUCUGACUCAGAGACAAUCCAAUAAACUUUCCCCUUCCCCUUGUAUACACUUAAACAUGCCCAUCCCCACCUCUGA